AGCACGCUACGAGCAGAAGGAAACAUCGAGAUCGCUACGAGGUCAUGGCGGCUGCCCUCUGGAACGAUCUGAAAGGUCAGGUGACCAAGAUGGGAUCCACCCACUUGCGGACCUUGAUGCAAGACCAGGCGCGAAACGACGAGAUGUUCGUCACCAGUGGCCAGAUGGUCUUGGACUAUUGUCGACAAAAGGUUGACGUCGAGACCAUGAAAAAGCUCUUCGAGCUCGCCGAGAAGGCCGGCGUGGAGCAGAAGAAACAGAAGAUGUUUUCAGGCGAAAAGAUCAAUGAGACCGAAAAUCGAGCAGUGCUUCAUUGCGCCCUCCGGGCACCUAGAACUGCCAACAUCUCAGUGGAUGGCCAGAACGUCGUCCCUGAGGUCUGGAAGGUCUUGGAUGCCAUGAAAGGCUUUUCCGACAAGGUCCGCUCGGGCGAAUGGAAGGGCCACACUGGCAAGCCCCUCACGGACGUGGUGUGCAUCGGUAUCGGUGGCUCCUAUUUGGGCGUCGAGUUCGUCUACGAGGCCCUCAAGACCGACCCAGCGGCCGCCAGCGCGGCGGCCGGGCGCAAACUGCGCUUCCUGGCGAAUGUGGACCCCAUCGACGUCAGCAGAGCUUUGGAAGGCUUGAACGCAGAGACCACAUUGGUCGUGAUCAUCUCCAAGACCUUCACCACCGCCGAGACCAUGCUGAACGCCAAAACCGUCAAGGCAUGGCUCGUGAAGCAGCUGGGCACCGAGGACUGUGUUGCGAAGCACGUGGUCGCUUGCUCCACUGCGCUGGACAAGACCAAGGCCUUCGGAAUCGACUCCAACAACGUCUUCGGCUUUUGGGACUGGGUCGGUGGCCGAUUCUCAGUGUGGAGUGCCGUGGGAGUGCUCGCAUUGUCCCUCCAGUACGGAUUCGAUGUGGUGAAUCAGUUCUUGGAGGGCGGGCACGCCAUGGACCAGCACUUCCAGCAGGCUCCGGCCAAGGAGAACAUGCCAUUGAUUCUGGGAUUGCUGGAUGUCUGGAACGGCAGCCUUCUGGGCUACGAAGGCGUUGCAAUCCUUCCCUACUGUCAGGCCUUGCUGCGCUUUGUCCCUCACAUCCAGCAGUUGGAUAUGGAGAGCAAUGGCAAGGGAGUGCAGAUGGAUGGAACCCCUGUGGCAGUGCCCACGGGUGCCAUCAACUUUGGUGAGCCUGGCACCAAUGGUCAGCAUUCCUUCUACCAGCUGCUGCACCAGGGCCGUGUGGUCCCCUCGCACUUCAUUGGUUUUGCUGCCUCUCAGCACCCUGUGGAGCUUCCGGGGGAGGCGGUGGCCAAUCAUGAUGAGCUCAUGUCCAACUUCUUUGCACAGCCAGAUGCUUUGGCCCUGGGCAAGACUGCCGAUGAGUUGAAGGCAGACAAGGUCCCUGACAAUCUCAUUUCUCACAAGACCUUUCCUGGAGAUCGACCGUCCUUGUCAUUGCUACUUCCAGUUUGCAACGCACACUGGCUUGGCCAACUGCUAGCUAUGUAUGAGCACCGGACUGCGACUAUAGGUUGGCUUUUGAACGUCAACUCCUUUGACCAGUGGGGUGUGGAGCUUGGCAAGGUCUUGGCCAAGGAGGUGAGAGGAUAUCUCAGCCAAGCAAGGAAAGGAUCAGCUGAUGACUCCAAGUUCUUGGCACCAACCAAGAAGCUUUUGGCCAAAUACUUGGACAAGUGAGGUGGAUGAAGUGGGUCCAACCGUGAAGUGAAGGGCCAACGUGCUCUGAGCCGUGUCAGGUAUGUUUGAAGCGAUAUGCAAGGGAAUGCUGGGCCCCACCAAGUUCAACAACACUCUGUUGCUUAAGUCACUAAGAAAGCAACGGCCAGUUUGUUCAGACUUGAUUUUGCCAACAGCUCUCGUGUUCAGCAGCAAUCAAUCAAUCAAUUGAAUCCAGCCGGAAGUGAACUUGCCACCGAAACUCGGAUGCUCCAUCUUCGGGCGGAAACUUCGGGCGGUGUUCGGCCACUUCCGUAGAGCGGGCGCAGAUCCAUCUGCGAUACGCUGAUGCGCCUUUUAAUAAACAUGCUGACCUCGGCAAGGAAAAGUGACCUCUUCCCAUUGUCCUACCCAACGCACCAGCUCCGAAG